UUAGGAGGUUAUUAUAAUAAUGCAACCAAUAUAUGAUGAUGACCUGGACCAGGGUGGUAAAAAGUGUUUGGACUGGGUAAUAAUUAGAAGAACUUACUGAUGAUUUAAAUAUAUGUGCAUGCAUGAAUGUUUUGGAGUUAGAGAAAUAGAGGAAUCAAACAGAAUCCCUAGGUUUUUGACCCAAGCAACUGGGAGAAUAGAAGUGUUUUUAAUCAGAAUAGGAAAACUGGCAUGGGAGUAAGUUUGGGGAGUGAAGAAUCAAGGGAUCUCUUAUAGACAUAUGUAUUGCUUAGCUCUCCACAUAGACUUAAAGCUACUCGAGGGCAGGUAAUGUGAUUUAUAGCUUUCUUCCAUCCCCAGUAGUGCCUGGUACAUGUGAAACCAAGCAGACCCUGCAGGGCCUUCCUGAAGACAGAUUCCCCCACCCUCUCUGAGUCUCCCGCCUCUUGUUCGCAGAAAAGCUUUAGCCUCCUAGGCCUUCCCCAAACUCUAAAGAGUAGUUUUUUUGUUUUGUUUUUUUGUUUUGGCCGCGUGGCCUGUGAGAUCUUAAUUCCCUGACCAGGGAUCGAACCUGCGUCUGCUGCAAUGGAAGAGCGGAGUCUUAACAACUGUACCAUUAGGGAAGUCCACCAAAGAGCAGAUUUAACCUGAGAAAUGAGAAAAUGCAGAAACAAAGGAAAACAGUCAUGUAAGACAAAAUUAUGGUAGUUUAGCCAUAAAAAAAGUCAAUUACAUUUAGUUCCUCCUCAAGGGCCAUAGAUAAUAUUCUGAGCCAUAUCCUUGUAUGUUUUAUUGAUACUAAACCCCUACCAGGUGGAAGAAGUUAAUUGCAUGCUGAUCACCAGCACAAAGACCCCAGGAGGUUGAUGCUGUUGACCCCUGAAAUACCAACCUGUUACCGCAUCACCAACCAAUCAAGGAUGUCCAGGAGCUGAUCAUGCACACCUCAACUCUUUCCCUCACCUUGCCUUUAAAAAACCUUCCCUGAAAGCUUCAGGGAGUUUAGGUCUUUUGAGCAUAAGCUGCCUCUUCUCCUUGCUAUAGACACUGUACUUUGCUUCAGCACAACCUGGUGUCAGUACAUUGGCUUUUCUGUGUGUAGGUGAGCAGACCCAAUUUUGGUUUGGUAUCACUUGGAUGAGGUAUCAUUUGGGCUGGAUCUUAAAACAAGGGCAGGGUUGUGAUGGAAGGAUUGUUAGGCAAGGAGGGCAUGCAUUCCAGGCAGAGGGCAUACAUGAGCAGAGGUAGAGAUAUGGGAGCAUUUGGGGUACUUUACAGGCUAGUUGGAACAUAAAAUGUGUAUAGGAAAGUAGUGGGAGAUAAGAAAAGUAGGUUAGGGAGGUAGUAUUUUUGAAAAUUAAUUGGACAGUAUUGCACAGGAUCAAUUUGAGAUGGGAGAUCCCUGUAAGGAUGCUACUGUAGUAGACUUGGGUAGAGUCAGGGAGGGGCCUGCACUAGAGUGAAAUGAAAAGGAGGUGGCUGUAUGAGAUAUAGUUACAUUGAGAUGUCUGAAUUUGGCAACUAGUAAUUUCAUGUGGGAAUUGAGCAAUAGGAUCAAUCUCCAUUGUUAACACUCAGGAAUUUUUAGUAUGAAGUCAUAACUUGGGACCCUGUCAAGUUUAGCACUCCCUCUAUAACCUUGUUUUACUUACUGGUACAGAGCUUCACAGGGUGGGAUAGAGCUCUGUGAUUGGGGGAGUAGGCAGAGUAUCAGGAACAGAUGAAUGACCUCUGAGAGUCACAGGCAUGAUAUCAUCAAAGUGCCCAUGUAAAAAUGCCUGUGUGAAAUCAAGAGCUUUCUCCUGAUCUCCUGGUUGGAAGAGCAUGGAUUUUGUAGUAAGACCUGGGUUGGAACAUGGCUCCAUCACUUCCUAGCUAUGCAACCUUGGACCUCAGUCUCCUUUUUGAUAAAACAAGGUUGUUGUAUUAUAUUUUAAAAGGAUAAGGUAUAUUAAAUGCUUACCAUAAUGCUGUAGUAGCAAUGGCAGUGACUGGUGUCUGGUUAAAUUUGCUGCACAGAGUUUCUUCAGUCUUUCACUUUUCUCCUCAUUCUGUAUUCUGCCAUUAUGGCUUCAUCUCUCUGAAGCAGUUAAUUAGCUGCAGGCUGUCCCUAUCACUUGGCAAAAUAUCAAGGACAAGGUGCCAGUGAUCUUUAAAGAACUUCCUCUUUUGUAGGCGGCUGUGCUAUGAUUUUUAACUGAAUAUCUGCGUACUCGGUGGAAUUAAUUACUCUCUAUUUGUGCUUUCUUUUAAACAGGGAUGCUGAAGGACAGUAUUUGUAGGAGAGUGCAGAAUGCUGAGAAGUGAAGGCAGAGAGAGAGGGAGGAAGGCAUGCCUAGAGUUACUAGUAUGUGGAAGGGAUAGCGAUAACGGCCAAGUAAAGUCUCAGGUCGCAUUUCUUUUCUACCCAGGGAUUUGCCCCAAUUAGCCCAGAAAACUAUAAUUUAGUCGUGUCUGCGCAUGUCGAGGUCUUUUGUCCCUCGGCGGACACCGUUGCCAGCCAAAGGCUAUGUCUCCGCGCUCGUCGCCUUCGUAGGGCGCCGAGUUCUACCUUUUUUCCCACUCUUGCCAUGGCGAGCCGAGGAGCCCGGCAGCGCCUGAAGGGAAGCGGGGGCAGCGGCGGGGACACGACCUCGGCCGCCGACAAGCUGCGGGAACUGCUGUGCAGCCGGGAGGCGGGCAGCGCAGAGCCCCGGCCCGAGUUAUCUGGGAACAAAGCAGGACAAGUCUGGGCACCUGAAGGAUCUACUGCAUUCAAGUGUCUGCUCUCAGCAAGGUUAUGUGCUGCUCUCCUCAGCAACAUCUCUGACUGUGAUGAAACAUUCAACUACUGGGAACCAACACACUACCUCAUCUAUGGGAAGGGGUUUCAGACUUGGGAGUAUUCCCCAGCUUAUGCCAUUCGCUCCUAUGCUUACCUGUUGCUUCACGCCUGGCCAGCUGCAUUUCAUGCAAGAAUUUUACAAACUAAUAAGAUUCUUGUCUUUUACUUUUUACGAUGUUUGCUGGCUUUUGUGAGCUGUAUAUGUGAACUUUACUUUUACAAGGCUGUGUGCAAGAAGUUUGGGCUGCAUGUGAGUCGAAUGAUGCUAGCCUUCUUGGUUCUCAGCACUGGCAUGUUUUGCUCAUCAUCAGCAUUCCUUCCUAGCAGCUUCUGUAUGUACACUACAUUGAUAGCCAUGACUGGCUGGUAUAUGGACAAAACUUCCUUUGCUGUGCUUGGAGUAGCAGCUGGGGCUAUCUUAGGCUGGCCAUUCAGUGCAGCUCUUGGUUUACCUAUUGCCUUUGAUUUGCUGGUCAUGAAGCACAGAUGGAAGAGUUUCUUUCAUUGGUCACUGGUUGCCCUAAUGAUCUUUCUGGUGCCUGUGGUGGUCAUUGACAGCUACUAUUAUGGGAAGUUGGUGAUUGCACCACUGAACAUUGUUUUGUAUAAUGUCUUUACUCCUCAUGGACCUGAUCUUUAUGGUACAGAGCCCUGGUAUUUCUAUUUAAUUAAUGGAUUUCUGAAUUUCAAUGUAGUCUUUGCUUUGGCUCUCCUGGUCUUACCACUGACUUCUCUUAUGGAAUACCUACUGCAGAGAUUUCAUGUUCAGAAUUUAGGCCACCCAUAUUGGCUUACCUUGGCUCCAAUGUAUAUUUGGUUUAUAAUUUUCUUCAUCCAGCCUCACAAAGAGGAGAGAUUUCUUUUCCCUGUAUAUCCACUUGUAUGUCUCUGUGGUGCUGUGGCCCUUUCUGCACUUCAGAAAUGUUACCACUUCGUGUUUCAGCGAUACCGCCUGGAGCAUUAUACUGUGACAUCGAAUUGGCUGGCGUUGGGAACACUCUUCCUGUUUGGGCUCUUAUCUUUUUCUCGCUCUGUGGCACUGUUCAGAGGGUAUCAUGGGCCCCUUGAUUUGUAUCCAGAAUUUCACCGAAUUGCCACAGACCCAACCAUCCACACUGUCCCAGAAGGCCGACCUGUUAAUGUCUGUGUAGGAAAAGAGUGGUAUCGAUUUCCCAGCAGCUUCCUUCUGCCCGAUAAUUGGCAGCUUCAGUUCAUUCCAUCAGAGUUCAGAGGCCAGUUACCAAAACCAUUCGCAGAGGGACCACUGGCCACCCGGAUUGUUCCUACUGACAUGAAUGACCAGAACCUAGAGGAGCCAUCCAGAUAUAUUGACAUCAAUAAAUGCCAUUAUUUAGUGGAUUUGGACACCGUGAGAGAAACAUCCCGGGAGCCAAAAUAUUCAUCCAAUAGAGAAGAAUGGAUCAACUUGGCCUACAGACCAUUCCUUGAUGCAUCUAGAUCUUCAAAGUUGUUGCGGGCAUUCUAUGUUCCCUUCCUGUCAGAUCAGUAUACAGUGUAUGCAAACUACACCAUCCUCAAACCCCGGAAAGGAAAGCAAAUCAGGAAGAAAAGUGGAGGUUAGCACCAUGCCUGUGGCCCCAAAGGACAACCAUCCUGUUAACUGACCGGAGAAGAGUAGAACCAACUUUCAGGAAGAAUUGAAAAUCCCGAGACUGGAUGGCUGUGUUGAGCUGUUCUACACACUCUGGCUUGGCAUCCAAGAACUAGCCUCCCUUGGGCCGUAUGAGCUUCUCCACCAAAGCUCUUUGGCAGCUCCUAGCAGACGACCUCGUUCCAAUCCUAGUGCUGAAAAUGACCACAGCCUAAUUGCCAACCUACAUGUCCUUUUCACCUCCGGCAAGACUAAGCUUUUCUAAAGCAUGUCACAGGACCAGGACCCUACCCUGGAGGUAUCUCAGGAAAAAUGCAACCAGUUGAGGAACUGUGGCUUAAUUUCAUUACAUAGGAUGCCUCUUGCUUUCAUCUUAUUUCCUUUACAACAAACUAUAACUAUAUGGGUGUGGGUUUUUGUUUGUUUGUUUUUAAGCUUUAGCAUGCUGUUUCUUGAAUUCAAGACUUCCCUGCAUAAAGGUAUCAACAGACCAGACUAUAACUGUACAGGACAUACGUGGAGAAAAUCAACUCUAUCAGUUGGUAGAUUUGGAUGACAUCACAUUUUAAAGUAAUUUAUUCUGAGGCCGUUUCUGAGGAAAUUAAGAAUCUCCCUUUUUAAACAACCCUAGUGAGAAAGACCAGUGUAUAUUCAUGGCACCUGUUUUUGAGUAUGUCUGUUGCAAAGCACAUCCUGCAUGGGGCACCUCUAGUCAAGUAGGCAAUGAUAAGGACUUAAUUAAAACAUAAGUAUAUACCUUACUUUGCUUUUACACACAGUAUUUCAUAGUUUACAAAGCACUUUCACAUUAUCUCAUUUGAUCCUCACAGUCAUGACGUGAGGUAGACAAAGGAAGUGGUUUUAUCCCCAUUUUACAGAUGAAGAAACUGAGACUAUGGGGCAGGGGGCAGGGGGAGGUAAGGUGACUUGCCCAAGGCCACACAGCCAAUAAGUAGUAGCGCUAGGACCAGAACCUGGGUUGCCUAACUUCUCAUCCAGUGCUCGUCCGUACUCCUCACUUGACUAUGAGAACAUUACUUGAAAGAAUGAUGAGGUUGGCCAGAGACCUAAUUGAUAACGUAACUUUCUAUUUUAAGGAAGAAUUUUAUCUGUGUUUCUGUGAGUUCUUUGGAGCCUCCAGUCUGCCUGUUGGUUAGACCAUCAUAGCGGUACUCCGGGAUGCAGCCUGGCCUGUGGCAGGAAAGUAGUGCUCAUGUUUGGAAGUCAGGCUCCUUUGCAGCCACACAGGAUCCAAUACAAGUUCCAUUCCUACAGUCAAUCUGGGGUCACGUUAUAGUGCCUUAUUUCCCUAAGGGUGAUUGUGUCUAGUAUCUGCAAAUAGGAUGCAUUCAUUUUUCAGAGUUUCUAUCUUUCAUUUUUCAAAGAGAAGGGAUUUUCAGUAGGAACUGAUCCCAAGAGAGGAGAAGUGACAAGGGAAGAAAUGGCUAGUUACCAUAUGAAGAGUCCUCAUUCGGAUCCCCUCUAAAGGAAUAUCUGGGGAGGGGUUGAAGAAUUGUGAGUCAGUAGGUCUAGAUAGCAUGAACAAUGAUAACUGGAGAGUGAAGAUAAACUGGGGUCCCACUAGCUGCUUUAAGGAUUUUUGUAUUUAAUUUUCAAUACUUGAUUACUGUUUCCCAAGGCAGAUAUUGGCACAUGUGGUCUGACUAUGGGACAGAGAAUUUCUAG